UUUUUUUUUAUUUUUUUAUUUUUAAAAAAAAAAGCAGAUCCAUGACACAAGUAUUCAAUGCAGAUGACUAUGCUUAUGUAGUAGGUAUUGACUUUGGCACGACUUUUAGUGGUUGUUGUUAUGCAUAUACCAAAGAUACUUUUGAAGACUUUCAGGACAUUACUACAUGGCCCAAACAACGAAAUGUAGCUUAUCCCAAAACACCCACCGUUAUUCUAUAUAAAAAAGAUUCUCAACAAGUAGGUGCCUGGGGUGAUGCAGCACGACAACAAUCAGAACGACCUAAUCUUCAAGAUCAUUUUCUGGAAAAAUUCAAGCUCUAUUUGGAUGAAGCAACCUCUGCCACACUGUCUUUGCUACCUAAUGGAUUAACCCCACUACAAGUGAUUGCUGACUAUUUACGCUCCUUACACGACUAUAUUCACGAUACUAUGAAGCGCGGAUUUGCACAAAACUAUGAUCAACGACAAUAUCGAUACUGUUUGACUGUACCAGCAACAUGGAGUGAUCAAGCCAAGGCGGUGAUGCGUGAAGCUGCUAUUAUGGCUGGGAUGAUUGAUCGAAACGAUCCUUUGGAACGCUUGAGUUUGAUUAGUGAACCUGAAGCAGCUGCUCUUUACUGUCAAAAAACAUGUGACCAAUUCAAUCUUGUACAUGGUCAACGAUUUAUGAUUUGCGAUGCUGGUGGUGGUACUGUUGAUUUGAUUGUAUUUGAAAUCAAUGAUAAUGCUCAAGAUAGAUCAUUGAAAGAGGUGACUAAAGGCUCUGGUGAUACCUGUGGAUCAACUUUUUUGGAUCAAAACAUGGAACAAUUAAUUAGGGAGAAAUUCGAACAUUUUGGACCAGUCAAUCAACGUGCUAUGGAUCAAAUGAUGAGUGUUUUUGUGGAAAGAAUCAAGCCUCAAUUCGAUGAUGAUGGUGAAGAUCAUUUUAUUCCUAUUCCUUUUACUAUGGGUUACCCAAAUAAUGACAAUAUGGAAGUUGGUAUUAUGGAUGGUACUUUGAUAUUUACUACCGAUGAACUCAAAGAAAAGGUAUUUGAUCCUGUGGUGGAAAAAGUAAUUCGAUUGAUUCGUAAUCAAUUGGAUGGAUCAGCUCUCAAACCUGUGGAUGCUAUUUUUAUGGUAGGUGGUUUUGGAAAAUCAAAUUAUCUUCAUCGUCGUGUGAAUGAAACUUUUAUACCUCGUGUCAAAUUUGUCGGUAUUCCUCCUCGAGCGGAAAUGGCGGUGGUCCGUGGUGCGGUUUAUUUUGGAUUAAAUCCUCGUCUUGUUGCUCAGCGUGUCUCUCGUCGAACUUAUGGUCUCAACAGUCAAAUUCCAUUUGAAGAAAGAUUGGAUCCUAUUGCAAAUCGUGUUAAUGUUCAUGGAAGAUAUUACUGCAAGCAACGAUUUAGUGUAUAUGCUCACAAAGGACAACCUAUUGGUCUUGAUGAAUGCGUGACAAAGAAAUAUUUGGUUACUUAUCCACAUGGCACUGAAACUGAUUUGUAUGCUUUUGAUGGUGAAGGUGUUCCUCCAAGAUUAGUCACAGAUCCUCGGGUGAACUUGGUUGCUCGUUUUCCUAUCAAGAUGCCAACGUUUGAAGGUGUACGAGUAGGUGAACAACUUACAAUGACUGUCAAUAUGUAUUUUGGACAAACAGAAAUCAAAAUAGAAGUUCUUAUUUUGGAUCGUCGGUGUGUCUUUACUUCAAGAUUAGAUUUAUUAACAGCAGAUAGUUACAAUAAUCAAAGUGUCAAUAAUAAGUUUGCAACUCCUACACAACCUCCUCCACCUUAUACUUCACCAGCAAUGUCUACUGCUUCAGCUUCUUUGCCUACAUCAUCCACUCCUUCAACACCACUCUCAUCAUCUACAACAGCAGCCUUAGGAAAACCCGAUGAAGCCAUUAGUAGGGAUGCAGAAAAACCACAUGAUCCUGAACUAGUACACGUUGCCAAGUUGAAUAAACCUCAUACGUCAGAUCAAGGAUCUUCUAUGGUAUCUUCUUCUUCUUCCUCUUCAGCAGUUUACAACAAUGAUAAACAUCAAACUAUCUCCUCUUCAUCACAUAGAAUGGUAUUGACCAGUCAUCAUUCUUCAAAUCAAAGUUCUUCCAAGAUGUUGCCACCUCCACCACCUAUAGUAUUAUCAUCAUCAUCAUCAUCAUCAUUGAAAAUCAAUUCAUCAACAAAAGAGCUAGUCAAGUCUACAGAAAUCACCAAUAGAAUUGAUGAAAAAGCAGUAUUGGAUGAAAAUGAAUUGAAUUCGGCGUUAUUGAUACAAAAGGAUGAAAAGACAUUGACUCCCGAUUUAGAUAUACCAACAACUACGGAAUCAGGUAUAUCCUUGGCAUCCACUUCUCUUCCUGGACCUACUGGACCUCCUUCUAUGACGACACCUAAGAAGAAAUCCAUGUUUGGCUUCAAAAAUAAAAGCAAACUUUUGGUGAAAUUGAAAUUAGCAUAGUUAAUUUUUUCUUUUCUUUUUGUAAUUCUAUAUAUAGUAUAGUUAUUUGUACCUUUUA